CAAUUGUUGAACGAAUCAGGACAUAAUUAUUACAAUGGCAACACAGAACUCAAAUCAGACACAAAACCAGUUUGGAAACAUCACAUUCCGCGAAAUUCACAAAAACGCCUGGCUGAAAAAAGUCACAUCAAACGUUAAAAAGAAACGGGAAGCCCUCUGGGUUGUGUUCUGUGUCCACGAUGACACAGACGCCUUCCUGGAAAUGUAUCUCAGCAACAAAAUCGCAGUCCUUCACAAGCCAGACUGGUUCAUUCACUUGAAUGAAGUGCAACAUGUCUCACCCACAAUCUGUCCAAACGAGCAAGAAUACGAAUUUGUACUAACGCUAAAAACUGAAGUUGUGCGACUAACGGCCCCAACGUGGGACCAGAUGCGAGACUGGGUGUCCAGUAUUCAGACAAAGUUGCAAGAAUUGAGAAUACUAAGUCCGAAAGAUAACGUUUAUUCGAAGUUACCAGAAGUUGGCCGUGGUCCCGUAGUUUCCACCCGAUCUACAAGGGACCCCAACUCGCCCCUACCACCUCCACCUACAAGCGAAUUGGAGGUCUUACCAGGCAUUGAGAUUGAAUUCAGCAAUUCCGAUUCAGGGAGACCCCUAAUACGGCACUGGAAUAGAUCGUUAUCUCAGACCAACUCUUCCGGUGAAGAAACGCCUCGAUUAAGAAGAGAAAGCAGCUCAGAACCGGAAGUGUUCAGAUUUGAUAAUUUAUUCAACGCAGUUCAGCAAAUAAACACUGAAACGGCAGCUUGUCAUUACGAGCGUUUGUUUCAAGGUGAUCCAGGUCCGUCCAGACAAUUAGAGCGUUCGUCAAGUGCCCUCCAGCAGCCGCCCUUAUCAUAUAAGACAUUUAGAGAGCAGCAGGUUUUACAGUUGCAGCGCGAGAUGGCACAUUCCGGUGGCGUUAGGCUACAGUUGCGGAAAAAAGAUUGUAUCAAUUCAGUGGCCUUAGCUGACGCGUUUGACUCAGUUUGGGUUUGUGGUUGGAAACAAAGAGAACAACCAAUGUUGUAUAACGUUCUCCACAUCGGUGAUAAAAUUCUAAGUGUAGCUGGAAUUCCCGUCAAAUCGACAGCUGAGGCUAAUAGGAUUCUGGAGUCGCAUUACUGUGGUCUAUAUGUUGAUAUUAUUAUUAAAAGGGUGCCUCAUGGUCAGGUCUUCUUGAUCCAGCGUGAGACCGAAGGCCAGUCGUUAGGAAUAGUUCAGGAGAAUAACACCGCAGUUAUAGAACUGGUGGAGGAAGACAGCCUGGCUGCUAGGCAGGGAUUGUCAGCCAAAACGAAAACUUGUGAUGGUUUAUCGUUAACCAACUGGGUGCUGACGGAAGUUAACGGGCGCCCUUUAAACUUAUUUUUUAAGAAGAACCAAGUGAGAGAUCGCCUCAAUUCGGUGGGGCGAGACAUAUCGAUUUUAGUCCAACCUCUAGAUUUAAUAAAGCAACUUAAAAAAGAAUUGAAAGCACUAAGAAACUAUAAAGAGUAUAUUUUACAAUAAUUUAAAUCACAUUUUCCGUAUUUGAAACAUGAACUGAAGUCUAUACUGUGAUUUAUAUUUUAUACCAAUAUAAAGGAAUCAACA